AUGGAUAUCGAGGAGGUCCCAGACUUAAGCGUUACAACACCGGAUUACAUUUCACAGGGUAGCUUAGGACAAAAUCCGAUUUCUGUAACUCCAGUAACUCCAAUGAGGAAAGCAUGGUCAAAAGUUACUCUAAUUUGGGAUAUAUAUUCAGCAGGAACAACUAUAAUGGUGAAGAUAAUAUUUUCAAGAGUAAUUCGCUCUAUACAUGAAAUUCUAAGUUGGAAAUGGAUAUUUGUGGUAUCAUGCAUUGCAGUCUCAUUGGAUCCUUUGUUCCUUUACAUUCCGAUCAUCGAGGGAAACAAGUGCCUUGGAAUCGACAGAAAUUUGAGGAUAGUAACUCUAGUUCUCCGAUCACUUAUAGAUAUCACUUUCAUAACUCACAUUAUUGGUCUAAUUUCUGAUUGGAAAUACUCUGACGGCCCCCAAAGGCACGUCUCCUACUUCGACUCUCACUUUGAGCCAGCAUCAGGCUUGCUUUGGAAACUAAAGUUCCUUAAACAAGCCAUAGCUAAGAGGAUGCCAUGGUUAUCUGGUACUGUCAUGAUCCACUUUCUUGCUAUUCUUCCUAUCCCACAGGUGGCAAUAGUAUAUGUCUUUGCUCUAAUUGGAAGCUCUGAAUUUUUUCUCAAAACUGCGAUUAUCAACUUAUUUCUUGUCUUCCAAUAUUUCCCGAGGGUUUGCCAAAUCUACCUAUCAAGUAAACUCAACAUGACCGGAACACGGGUUAAAGGUGGAUUCAAUUUGUUUUUGUAUAUCCUUGCAAGUCAUGUUAUUGCAGCCUACUGGUAUCUUUUUGCAAUUCAGAGAGAGAUCUCAUGUUGGCACCAGGCUUGUGAAAAAAGUGCAGGAUGCCUAGCAACUUAUGCUUGUGGUGGCAGUACUUCAAUGAAUAUCACAUUCCAAAAUGAGCUUUGCCCAAUAUUUUCACCAAAUACUACAUUAUUUGAUUUUGGAAUAUUUCUUGAUAUUCUUCAGUCUGGUAAUGCAGGAUCAGUUGGUAAUGAAUUUCCGUAUUAG